AUGCGGAAGAGGGCCACCACUAUCCUCAUUCCCAAUCCCAGCAAGCCGCACAGUCUUGAAAAUCUCAGGCCCAUCUCGCUCACUUCGUGUGUGGGCAAGGUAACCGCUGACGCAAUCCACAACAGGGUCUUCAAGUACUUGGAAGACAAAGACAUCUAUCUCCAAAACAUGAUACGCUUUAGAGCAGGUCUUUUGACGCAAGACGCCAUGAAGGUGAUGAAGGAUCAGGUCAUCGAUCGCAACAUGAGAGACAGGAGAGCCAUAUUUGGGCUGGACUUCGAGAAAGCCUUGGACAUCCUCCACUCCUUUGUCUUGCGCACGAUCUCGAGCCUUCGUUUGGGCAAGCACUUUCACAACUACAAGAGAUCUUUCCUCGCAGACAGAGAAGCCAUCCUGAAAGUGGGAGACCUCGCGUCAGACUCGGUUAGGCUCGGUUCUAGAAGGACGCCACAAGGGUCAAUGACCCUCAUUAACCUAGCCAUGAUCGGUCUACUGAGGAAACUGUCCGAGGUUGACGGCAUUCACCAUACGAUAUAUGCAGAUGACGUACCAUAUGGUGCACCGGUGGCAGCGACGGACGCUUAG